GAGGCUGUGCUAGAGUGGCACUUUUUUGGUGCGAGAGCGGGAGGGGUAGUUUACGAGUGGAGUCCAAUGUGCUUUGAUCCCCUACGGCAGCCGGAAGGCGGUGACGGAAGCCAAGGCCGCUUCUAGUCUUGCUGAAGUGGCGUCGUGACAGCGGCCACCAGCAAAGGCCGACUCUCGAUUUGGGUUCGCAAGAAACGGAGUUAUCCAGAUGAGAGGAUGAACUUACUUUAGUGACCCAAUGGAAAUGAAUGUAGAUAUCCUAUUAACAAAAGAGAACGUGACUAUUAAACAGUGAUUUACUACCGGUCUGCAGCUAAUUUACAGGUAGACAGUUUCACUGAAGAUGGGAAAACCGAGGCACAGAGAAGUUACUUUAUGCCAGGCACUAUACAAGGCAUUGAAGACCUGAGUCUUUCUCAUCUUCUUGGGUCCAGCUCAAAAGUCCUGCCACCACCACCCAGGACCAGCUCCUGCUGCCUGUGGAUUUGCUGAUGGGCCUCAGAAGGUGACAGUACUGACCACAAUGCUGUCAGGCCGGUGGUGGCCAAGUACCUGGGGGAGCCUCGGGCUGGGAUCCCGAAACCCUUCUCAGGGAUCCCAGCUCUGCGCCCUCUAUGCCUUCACUUACACUGGGGCAGAUGGCCGGCAAGUGUCCCUGGCUGAGGGGGACAGGUUCCUACUGCUUCGAAAGACCAACUCAGACUGGUGGUUGGCAAGGCGCCUGGGAGCACCCUCUACUUCCCGACCCAUCUUUGUCCCAGCUGCCUACAUGGCAGAGGAAUCUAUCUCUUCCCAGAGACCAACCACCAUCACCUCCAGCCAAUCCCUCUGGAUUCCUGGGCCAAAGUUGUUUCCUGGCUCCCUGGAGGAGCUGCACCUGUCUCAGGAACCCCCAGACAGAGCCCAGGCCACCUCUAAGCAGCCUCCUCCUCUGCCCCCCAAAAUGUGUAGAAGUGUCAGUGUUACCAAUUUGAGGCCUACCCUUCUGAAGCCCUUUCAGGAAGGAGCAAGUGGAAGAUCCCUCUCUCAGGAAAACUUGCUGACAGAGGCCAAUGCUAACCCGGCAAGACCCCAGCCCCUCAUGUCAGAGCACCCUGUGUACUGCAACCUAGUGGACCUUCGCCGCUGUCCCAAGUCUCCUCCCCCAAGCCCUGCGUGCCCCCCGCUGCAGAGACUGGACGCCUGGGAGCAGCACUUGGACCCUAACUCUGGGCGCUGCUUCUACAUAAAUUCGCUGACUGGCUCCAAGUCCUGGAAGCCCCCGCGCCGCACUCGCGUGCGAGAGAUGAACCUUGGCUCCAUGGAGGGGACGCAGACCCGGAAUAGGGGCAACGGUGUCCUGCAACCUCAGACAAAGGGCUCAGAAUCUGAAACAGGGAACCCAGAACUGCUUGGCCCCCAGGGUUCACUCUCCCACUGCCAGCUCUCCUCCCAGCUCCACCCCUCAGACCAGCCAGCAGCCUUGCAGCCCACUCGACCUCUGCCGCAGGUCUUGGACGACCCCCAUGAGGUGGAAAAGUCGGGUCUGCUCAACGUGACCAAGAUCGCCCAGGGGGGGCGCAAGCUCAGGAAGAACUGGAGCUCAUCUUGGGUGGUGUUAGCAGGUAACAGCUUGGUGUUCUACCGGGAGCCGCCGCCCGCCGCGCCCUCCUCAAUCUGGGGACCAGCGGGUAGCCGACCCGAAAGCAGCGUGGACCUGCGCGGGGCAGCCCUGGCCCACGGCCGCCACCUGUCCAGCCGCCGCAACGUCCUGCACAUCCGCACGGUCCCCGGCCACGAGUUCCUGCUGCAGUCAGACCACGAGACCGAGUUGCGAGCCUGGCACCGCGCGCUGCGGGCGGUCAUCGAACGCCUGGAUCGAGAGAACCCCCUGGAGCUGCGUCUGUCAGGUUCGGGACCCGCAGAGCUGGAGGAGCUGAGCGGCGGAGAGGAAGACGAAGAGGAGUCGGAGCCGGUGUCCAGGCCACUGCUGCGGAUCGGCGGCCGCGGGAGCUCUCGUCGGUGUCCUGAAGGAAACGAGCAGAACCGCGUGCGGAACAAACUAAAGCGCCUUAUCGCAAAGAGACCAUCCUUGCAAAGCCUGCAGGAGCGUGGUCUGCUCCGAGACCAGGUGUUCGGCUGCCAGUUGGAAUCACUGUGCCAGCGGGAAGGGGACACCGUGCCCAGCUUUGUGCGGCUCUGCAUUGCUGCUGUGGAUAAGAGAGGUCUAGAUGUAGAUGGCAUUUACCGAGUGAGUGGGAACUUGGCGGUGGUCCAGAAACUUCGCUUCCUGGUGGACAGAGAGCGGGCGGUCACCUCCGAUGGGAGGUAUGUGUUCCCAGAACAGCCAGGACAAGAGGGCCGAUUAGAUUUGGACAGUGCCGAAUGGGAUGAUAUUCACGUGGUCACUGGAGCACUGAAGCUUUUUCUCAGGGAGCUACCCCAGCCUCUGGUGCCCCCACAGCUGCUGCCACAUUUUCGUGCUGCCCUUGCACUCUCUGAAUCAGAACAGCGCCUCUCUCAAAUACGAGAAUUAAUAGGCUCAAUGCCCACGCCGAACCGUGACACCCUGCGGUACCUCCUGGAGCAUUUAUGCAGGGUGAUAGCACACUCAGAUAAGAACCGCAUGACCCCGCACAACCUGGGAAUCGUGUUUGGGCCAACCCUGUUUCGCCCAGAGCAGGAGACAUCUGACCCAGCAGCCCACGCUCUCUACCCUGGGCAGCUAGUCCAGCUCAUGCUCACUGAUUUCACCAUGCUUUUCCGUUGACUGGUGCAAGGAAGAAGAGAAAAGGUGUUCCUCCUGAUCUCUGUUGGGUGCCCUUUGGUGGGGGUGGGGAUAGUGGGUGUUCUGUUUUGAGGACAUCCCAUUAAACCCUGUGUCUCCCA